UUUUAAAGCGCACCUAGUGGUGACUUUGAAAGCUGAAAUUACAUUGAUCUACUUUUAAGUCUAUAUUUAUAAAAUUAAUUUUGAUCAAUUGUAAAUUAUUUUUGUUGUUUUAUUUACUUUUUUCGUCAUGCUUUCAAUAAGUACUCGAUCUGGUAACCUUUCUUCUCUUAUUAAAGCCACAGCACAGGCAGUUAAUGCUAAACCAGCAGGACCGGCUGUGGUUGCUGGCCACGAACAUUACGUUCCAGAAGAUGGGAAAAAGUGGUCUGUCUCAUCGUUAUCCUCUCAAAGCAUUUUGAAGAAAUCUUCCGCUGUAUCCUUAUCUGUCAACGGUAUCAGCCAAAUCAGGUUAGCUCAUACAGACAUCAAGGUUCCUGAUUUCACUGAGGUCCGGAAAAAGGCAACACAAGACCCGACAUCACGAAGUAAAGACACUGCUGACGCUAGAAGGGCUACAACUUAUGGUUUGGCCUCUGGUUUAGCUCUUGGUGGAGCUCUAAUGACAAAGGGAGUUGUUCGUGGUCUAGCUGAAACUUGGUUACCAUCAAAAGAUGUUUUAGCUUUAGCUAAAAUUGAAGUCAACUUGGAUGAAAUUCCUGAAGGCAAAAAUUUAGUCGCAAAAUGGAGAGGAAAGCCCGUAUUCAUCCGUCAUCGUACUCAAGACGAAAUUGAAAAGGCUAAGAAAACUAAUUUGUCUGAACUGAGGGAUCCUCAAGCUGAUGAGGAAAGAACUCAAGAUCCCAAAUGGCUUGUUGUCAUUGGUGUUUGUACUCAUCUUGGAUGUGUACCCAUUUCCAACGCUGGUGAUUUCGGUGGGUAUUAUUGCCCUUGCCAUGGAUCUCAUUACGAUCUAUCUGGAAGAAUAAGGAAGGGCCCUGCUCCAGCGAAUUUAGAGGUACCACAAUACGAGAUCAACGGAAACGUCUUGGUCGUUGGUUAACUUUAAAAAUAGAUUAAUAUUAAUGGAGUUAUUAAAAAUGUAAUUAAUUGAAACUUAAAAAAUAAUAUCUUUAAAAGUUGCAUCAAAAGAGUUAUUAAACAAAACUCUGUGUAUUAAAUAAUGCGAAUAUCAUUUCUUUAUCAACCUGAUCACCCCAAAGAGCAAUAAACUACCCUUUGGAUCAGCCUGAUGUUAAAUAUCUCGAAGAGAGAUAACAAUGAAAUACAAUCAAAAACCUUAAAUCUACUGUAUGAAGUAUUGUAGGGAUUGCAAAAUGUGAUGUCGAAUUAUAAUUGUUACAAUUAAAUAUAUUUAGAAGGCGUAAAA